AGUGCACAGCAAAGACUGCCUCAACACUGGUGCUGUCAGCAAGCUCUUGAAUCAGCUGUUGGGGGCUGCUUUCUCGGCUCCUGUUUUAAGAAUUAAUUUCUCUGUAGAGAACAAACAAAGAGCCAAGGAUGGGGACAAAAUCCAAGAAAGGGUGCAAUUUUAAAAACUGUUUUAAGAAGAACUGGCUUCUUAUCACAACGGUGGUUGCCGUGAUUUUAGGUAUUGGAUUGGGAGUCCUAGUCCGUGAAUAUGCCAGACUCUCAACCCAGGACAAGUUCUACUUUGGAUUUCCCGGAGAGAUAUUAAUGCGAAUGCUAAAAUUAAUCAUCUUGCCUCUUAUCAUAUCCAGCAUGAUUACAGGAGUGGCUGCAUUAGAUUCAUCAGUUUCUGGCAAAAUCGGGUUACGUGCAGUUGUCUAUUACUUCUCAACAACAAUCAUCGCUGUUAUCCUAGGAAUUGUGUUAGUGAUGACCAUCAAACCUGGCAUGUCUCAAAAUGCAGAUGACAUUGACAGAACUGGCUCUACUCCAGAGGUCACCACAGUGGAUGCCUUGUUGGACCUAAUUAGAAACAUGUUUCCAGAAAAUCUCGUUCAGGCUUGUUUUCAACAGUACAAAACAAAGCGUGAAGAAUUAAAACCUGAACUGGCAGUGAACUUUACUACCGUGUCACCGGUGACGGUUGUCAUGACAACUGCUUUACAAGAGAAUAUAACCAAGAACUAUAAAAUAGUGGGCCUGUAUUCAGAUGGAAUUAACGUGCUGGGACUCAUCGUUUUCUGUCUCGUCUUUGGGAUUGUUAUCGGUCAGAUGGGAGAGAAAGGGCGCGUUCUGGUGGACUUUUUUGAUGCAAUAAACGAGGCCACCAUGAAAAUAGUACAGAUCAUCAUGUGUUACAUGCCGAUUGGAAUAUUCUCCCUAAUUGCUGCCAAGAUAAUUGAAGUUGAAGACUGGGAUAUCUUCCGGAAGCUAGGGCUGUACAUGGUGACUGUGUUGACCGGGCUCGCAAUUCAUGCCACUGUUUGCCUUCCACUGUUAUAUUUCAUAAUUGUGAGGAAAAAUCCAUUAACGUUUGCCAUGGGGAUGGCUCAGGCACUACUGACAGCUCUCAUGAUCUCCUCCAGUUCAGCAACUUUGCCCGUGACUUUCCGAUGUGCGGAAGAAAACAACCAGGUAGACAAGAGGAUCACACGCUUUGUGCUACCGGUGGGGGCCACAAUCAACAUGGAUGGAACUGCGCUCUAUGAAGCAGUGGCUGCCAUAUUCAUUGCACAACUUAAUAAUUAUGCACUGGAUAUUGGCCAGAUUGUAACUAUCAGUAUAACAGCAACAGCAGCUAGCAUUGGAGCAGCAGGAGUCCCCCAGGCUGGCAUGGUUACCAUGGUGAUUGUCUUGUCAGCAGUAGGAUUACCAGCUAAUGAUGUCACACUAAUCAUGGCAGUGGAUUGGCUGCUGGAUCGGUUUCGGACCAUGAUAAACGUGCUGGGUGACGCAUAUGGAGCAGGUAUCGUGCAAAAACUCUCCAAGAAGGAGCUGGAAAGGAUGGACCUCUCAUCUGAUUUGGAUGUUGUCAACCCGUUUGCUCUGGACACAAUGGAUGAGGAGGAACACGAGAAAAAGUCAUAUAUAAAUGGGGGCUUUAUGGUGGAUAAAACUGACUCUAUUUCAUACACAGAGUCAUCUCAGUUAUAGUGAAAAUUGAGUCAAAGUGAUGUAGGGUUAAAAAAAGAAACUGCAGUAAUCGACUUUAAUUUCAGUGCCACCAUGUGGGAGGAUUAUAAAUACGAAUGACUGUAAAUCAGCCCCAGGGUCCUUUAAGCUGUAUUAUUUAAUGUGCAUUUGUGCCAAAAAAGGUAGUGGAUUUCAGGUGACACCAAUUCUGUAAAUACAGUUUCAAAAUUUCUAACUGUUGAAAGUGCCACGAAAAAUUUUCAUAAACCCUGAUUCGGAUAGGAGCCCAAUUAGCAAGUAGAUAUGAAAAGUUUCUUUCACAAUCCGAUGAUCCGUACAACUAAUGAAUACAAUUUAUACUGUUGAAGUUUUCACCGCCUAUGAUGUAUGCUCUCCUCUGAUAUAUCCCUUUGUGCAUAGUAUAGUGUGCCAAAAAUAUGGAUCAUUUCAAAAUAGAAAGGUCACCAAUUUUUGGUGUGCCUUAUACUCAAACUACACACUCAAAUCUGACCGGAAGCCUGCAUUUCUUCUCUUCUAUAAAACAGAUUAGGAAUGUUAUAAUGAGAAAGAGAUAGUAUUAGUCAUUUUCAUAAUUUUCUCUCCUUCCCCCUCUCUCCCCGUUUGUUUGAUUGGACAUAACAAAUGCAACAAAAUUAUGCUGUUUAUGGUGAUGAUGUUUAAAAUGUGAUGCUAUCCAAAUAAAAAUAAAUACCUAGAAGUAUUAAAUACAGAAGCAUAGAACCCAAAGAUCAUCAACAGAAGAGGGACCUAUGAUAAUAUUGCUAGUUCUUUUUUUCAGAUCAAUUAUUUAUUAGUUUAUGAAAACAGAAUAUACAGAAUGCCAUAUUCGUACAACAGAAACUGUGUAAUAUAUCUACCCCUAACUCCUCAAGACAGCCUGUCACCCGCCCCUCCCAGUAAUUAAACAGUAAUUAUAUAACUGAGUACAUGUACUUGAAUGUACUUAUUUUGAUUUUUUUUAAACCAGGGGCCAAUUAAAGCAUGGGCGUAUAAGAGCCUAAAUCAGUCUGUACCAUGUUGUAUAGAGUUAAUAACAGGGAUACCUCUGUAGCAGUUUCCUUGCAUGUCUCUAGUGUGGAUGACUUCAUCAUGUUCAUCCUGGCGGUGGAGAGCUCAAACAGAAUGAUGUCUUUAAAAUUAAAUAGCCAUUGCCACCAGGAUAACUAGUGAGGAGGGAGCUGAACUAUAUAUUUUUUUUGCCACCGUUAUUCCAGCCACCUGGAUCUUAUGCUGGAGCUCAGGUAAAUUAAGUUUAGAGUCAUCAUUUAAGCAAUAAAAGUAAGGGUUCCAGAUCCAUGACAGACCUUAAGGUGGAUUAAUUGGUGAUUAGGGUUUUUGGCAGCUCCAAAUAUAUGAUCCCAAACUGCUUCCCAAUCAAUUUGUCUGUCAGUUAUUGCCAGGUCUCUUUCCCAUAAAGUGGUUAGGGUUAGUGGUUUAUAGGAGGCUUUGAGUAAGUGUAAAUAGAUCUCAGAGACCAUUCCCUUAGAACAGACCCUUGUGGUGACCCAGUUUAUCAUAGGACAUAGCUGCAGUUCUGACCCCCAGGACAGAGCGAAGUCUGAGGUAGAAAAAAAAAAUGAACUAGGUAAAUCAAAACAUGAACAUCAUUCUUGGAAUCUGAAGAGAACAUAUCUAUUAAAUAUAUCAUUAAGAAUGUUACUAUCUUUUUUAGACCAGAAGGUCUGGGCACCGGAAAGAAGAGUUGUAAUGUAGUUAAUUUAAUCUGUGGUUGUUUAUCGCCCCACAUAAAUUUCCGAAUGAAAGAAUCAAGCUUUACCCAGUAACCCGAAGGGAGAGGCAGCAGUAUCACAGAGCUCACAAAGUUAACGUGGUGGAGGACAUUCAUUUUAACAGUAGAGAUCCGGGCAUGUAAAGAGGAUGGCAUUAGUGUCCACCUGUGCAUGUCUUCACAAACUCCCUGUAAGGUUUUUCGCAGUUGUUUGAAGGGUGGGGUAAAUAUCGAUACCAAGAUAAGUAUGCUUUUUUAACAGGGAUAAUGGACGGUAAGGGGACUGUACCAGUGGCAGCAUUGAGGGGCAUCAGGGCAGAUUUAGACCAAUGAAUUUUAUAACCUGACCAAGCACUGAAUUUGCUGAAAGCUGACAGGUUUGUGGGGGAGAGUGUUGUGCUCCUUGUUUGCAGAGGCAACAGAACCUGCUUCUUUUGCACCCCGGAGAAUGGUUUGGUGAUCAUUGUAGCGUCGACGUCUGUUUUAAGCGACUGCACUGCAUCCUUGGUCUCCUGGACCAUACCGUUUAAUUUCUCUACAGCUUGGCUCACAAUGUUGGUAAUUAGUCUUGAGGGAGUUUUGCUGUUUAGCCAGUGCUUCAGAAACGGUGUCCGUCACAGGCCUCAGGAAGUUUCUGAGAAGGUUUAAGACGCUUUCCAUCAGGAGAUGAACAAGGCAUCUUUAGUGAAAAGUGGAUAUCAAAAAAAAAAAGGGGAAAAUGGAGUUAGGGAUUUGAAGCUCCAGUGAACAGAGACCAUUAGCGCCAGUGGGUCACGUGAUCUCCUAAUACUGCUAGUUCUAAUGGCAUGCAAAUGUUUUUUCUUUUUUUGCAGUACUCCUCCUUUAAGUGACUGAGGUCCUUAGCCGAUUAUGAUGUCACUAUUAUCUAAAGCAGGUGAUAUCAACCAUACCAUUAUUGUCAAUAAAGUAGCGUGAAAACUCAAUAUGGUAUGGUUGAUGUUAUGAAUGUCACUUGUUUAUAAUGUGUCAUGGAAUACAGACACGUAAGUUGUGGUUGGCUUUGCUAAAAUCUCCUCAGCAGCCUAUAAUUAUGUAUAAAUGAUACUGCAGUAACUUUUUGCUGUUUCAUCUUGCAGUCUUACAACCACACUAGUUAUACUGAAUGUUGUUUUUUAGAGAACUAAGUGUAUAAUUGGCCAAAACAGUUGGUGUUGUCACAGACAUUUCAUUAACACUUCCAGCAGUUAUUUUUUUAUACUGUGAAGAAGCAAUAUUUUGGAAGAUGUUGUGCAUGUGAAAUAUUGUGCUAAAGCUAAACUAAUGCUACACCUUUCAUCAAUGAAGAGUUAUGUAAAAGUGUUCAACAUUUAUAUUCAGGACUGUCUCGAGUAAAUAUAACAGAAAGCACUGUUUCAUGUCUAUUUUUCAUAAUAUUUGAUGUCAAAUUCAAAUCCAGGCUAUGUCAUUGCCGACCGUGACCAGGAGUUCUCAGGAGGCGGCACACAAUUGGCUGAGCGCCGCCUGUGUAGGGAGGGCUUAGGUCAGCAGGGCAAUCUGCAGUUAACCACGCACCAGCGACUCCUGUGGCUGAUAGGGCAUCUGCGGGUCUGCUGUGGAGCAUUUGGAUCUGUGUUGUUCACUGGCACUAUAGGUCUGAUGGCUUCGCUGUGGAUCUGCAGUGCGAAAAAAGACGGCUUGGCAGGGACACGUUUCGGGGGAUGCGUGUGUCAACUGCAGUUUCCUGUGUCGCAGCAGUGAACUGGGAUUAAUAACACAAUUGGCGAUUCCAAAUUGGGGAGAAAAAUUGGGUAAAAUCAUUGGCCAUGACUAAAUUAAAAAAAUAUAUAUACUGUAUAUAUAUAUACAUAUAUAUUUUUUGGAGGGGAGAGGUUUUGGGAUCUGUAAAAAAGAAUGCCAGAUUAAUCUAAAACAUUUUAGAUCUGGUUUUGCUCUGAAUAUUUUUAAAUAAACCACACAAAUACUACAAAAUAAUAAUUAUAAAUUUGUAUAUUUGGUUUGUAAAAGAAUAACUGACUGAAUUAUUGAGCCCUGUAAUAAACCAUUGA